AUGUCUGCACUUACUAGUAGCGCCCGCGCGCCGCGCGAGGCUAAGAGAAAAGCGUUGGAAAACGCUGUCUGGAAUGUGGACAAAGCGAAAGGUGGACCAAAAAACCUGACCGUUCCUCAAGUGCCAGUGGAUCUUGCUAUGCAGAAGAAGAAGCCUGCAGCGCCAACCAGUCAGGCGAAAAAGAAGACCACCACUGUGGCACCACGCGUGAAGCCAUCCAGCAAAAAGCGGUCACGUACCCUAGUAAGAGACUCGGAUGAAGAGGAUACCGAGUCCAUUGAUGGAGACCUCACAGCGCAUAAGAAACCCCGAAGUGCCGCCCCAGCCAAAUCUCAUCAAAACGAGGACAACGACAACGAUGCUAUUGAAGAUCGUGGGGUCGACUCCGAUCAUCUGAACGACUUGAAUUCGGAUGGUUCGGACAUUGAUGAAGAAGAAGAUAACGAGACGCCAGAAUCGAUCGCAAUCAGUAUCGUCGACAACAGUAUCAAACAGCAUCACGUGAAAAUUCAAAAUCGACCGCGCAGUGAUCACAAACACGCAGCAGAGAUCCCUACAUGGGCCGAUGAUGUGGCGGUCUCAGACUCUGAAUCCAGUGACGAUUCAGACAACUCACUGGCAGGAAGCACUACAAGGACGCCUGGACCUCCUGUGGCCAAAAGUACUAAGGCUCACCUAGUGAUAACCGAGUCGGGGAAUGUGAAGCUCCUUGAUCAGAACCAGGAUACGAAGAGAGUCGUCAAACGGGCGAUUUUGGAAGCAAAAUGCCACCUUGUUUUCGUUGACGGGUUCCCAGAACUGGUCGACAAAAACCAGCUUUCACACGAGUCGCUGCUAACCGUUGCUAGAGAAUUGGGUCUGCAUGAGAUCGAAAAGCGUCUGCGCUUGGACGAGAACUAUACCACGCUGCUGGCUGCCCUGGUAGAUGCUCGCAUCCCAAUCCUGCGCCGCGAACUGAAAGACGAUGCAUUAGCAGGCGUCUCCGGUUACUUUCGUCUGGGGCACAUAGACACCGACAAGGCCAAAAGUCUUCUGGUUCAAAAUGUUCCUAAGCCCAUAUCGAACAAGCCCUAUCAGGGCGAGUUCUUAAUAGCCCUAAUUAACGGCCGUGUUUUUAACGGCACGCAGUCUGUUGGUGUCCGUUUUGCACAACGCUUUAUCGAGAUCGCGAAGAACAAAGCCAACCGUCCGGAGGUUCCCAUCCCCAUAGUGGCUCUCGUGGCAACUGCGGUGUAUGCAGCACUGUUGUGGAAGUCAAUGGGUUCACCGGCGAAGUUCAGCUUUUCAGGUAAUCAGUUUAGCGAGACUUACUUUUUUCAUGUUCAGUUCUUGGAAAAUAUGAGGGAUACAGCGCCGAGAAAAUUCCAUCGCAUGAUGGCCGACAUCUACGAGGCUGUACAGCAUUUGAGGUACACUCAUACUGGUAAAACUGCAGAGCAAGCUGCAGCUCUCGAACUCCUCGACAUUGAUGGGAUGGAUGACGACUCGGAGUAG